AUGUCUGCCAACCAGACCAACUUCACCGCCACCCCCAUCCCCGGUGGCUUUGCCGGCGUGGCCAGCGAUCCUUCCGACAUCCGCGAGUUUGCAAUGCGCGCUAUGCAGGAGUCAGGCGCUCCUGGUUUUCUUGUCCAAAGCAGGAUGACUAUAUGUUCGAACAUCUGGAUGACCUCCAUAGUCGCUGAGUUCUUGGGCACGUCUUCCGAUCCCGGAAGCCCUCUAAACAAUCCCUCCCGGCGACACAUUCGCCCUUCCGCGAACAAAGCCAUACACUGCAGUCACACAUAUGUUCGCUCACUCUAUGGCGCGUGUAUUGCUCAGCGCGGGGAUGGCUUCCUGCCAACUGGCCCUGAUAGGCCCUCGACCGAUGGCGGUACUGCACGGUGCAGACUCUACUGCUUGCAGACUUCAACCGCAGACCCCGUCGUAGUCAUGGCACACAGCUCCGUACAACCACCCGAAAGAGGAUCCAUCAUGUGGUCUCACAUCGACCAUAUCAGUGAUGCCUUUGCCGACUUCUUUGUCGAUUUCCACAAAAGGUCGAAUGCCACACGCGGUCGGCCGAGAGCUCAAGUUGCUCACAUCAAGGUCCCCUCAUACAGCCUCGAGAUUAGCAUCGCAGAGGGAGUCCAGCAAAUGUUUUCAGAAGAAUCUUCAUUCCCGGAUGACACCAGUAUCAAGGCUACGACAUAUGGUAACCUUUUGAAGGAUAAUCACAGCAACUUCGACCUUGGCAACAAGGAGCACACCCCGACAACCUGGCGAGUAGUAUACCACAUUUAG